GAAACGUUUAAGUUGUGAGUUAGGGUUGUUUUGUUUUGUUUUUGUUGUUUUAUAUGAAAUUAAUUUUAGUUACUAGUGAUUGCUUCAAAUAUGUCAACUACUGAUGUGUGGACUUGUCUUCGAAAAGAUGACUACCUUAGGCAGUUCAUUGGUAAAGUUGAACAUCCUGGACAGAUGAUAACUAUUGCUGCUGCUCAAACACUAGGCGUUUCUGAGCAAUUAUCCAAGUUGGCUGAAGGUAUCACUUUGCUAGACAAAGAAUUAAAGAAACAAGUUCUUGAGAAACAUGAAGAUUUAGUUUCUCAAGCUACUUGGGUUGAAAAAUUGCAAGGUGUACUCUCAGUUAUGCAUGUACAUGUCCAGAGUCUUUUAAGCUCUGUUGAAAGAGUGAGGAUGAAAGUUGUUGAGCCUUUUAAUCGAAUAGAAUCUCAAACUCUUGUUUUAUCAAGACUUCACGCAACUUCAGAUCUAUUAAGAAGAGCUGCGAGAAUUCAACAACUUGUGAAAAGACUUCCUGGACUAGAUCCUCUCAGAACUGCUCAUAUAAUUUCUGAAUUAGGGGAACUGUACCAAGAUGUAGAUCUCUCUGGAUUAGAUAUUCUGGAAUCAGAGGAAAGGCAGAUAAAAAAAGAAAGAGCUGCAGUUGAACAGAAAGCUUUGAAAAUAGUGCAACAGGGAUUGCUAGGCCUAGAUCAAAAUCAGGUUGCUGUUGGUAUAGAAAUCAUGAUUAAAUUAAAUAUAGCUGAAAAAGAAGUAAAUUCUCUGAUGGAAGAGGCGAUAAAACAAGUUAAGAGCAGUACGAAAAAUGCACUUGAUAUGAAUGUUUUAGUUCCUCCUACAGUUAGAGGUGGUGCUGGAAGGGUCUCUGGUGUCAAUAUACCAACUAACAUUCAGUAUUUCCGUAACAAAUUAUGGUCAUCCUGGGAACAUACUUUAAGCUCUACCAUUUACCCAGUUUGUUGUCAGAUGACUCUGAUACAAAAUGUGCUUAAUAAUAAAAUUGGCGACAUGUGUCUCUCGCUUCCUGAAAAUGAAAAAAAAUCUGACUUAGCUUACAUAUUUUGGUCCGAGGUAGAUACCCUUAUGAAAAGAAGUCUCUUGAAGGCAGCAGAAGGAUCUUCUUACACAAAGCAAGCUUUGGAGGUAGAAUACCCAAAGUUACUUCGAAUGCAUUUAGAUUUUCACAAGAAGCUCCAAACUCUUAACCUGCCUGGAAGUUCUAAACCUAUUUUUCCUGUGAUUGGAAGCUGUCUGAAGGAUUUUGAAACCGCAUAUUUGAGCAAGUCAACAAAUGUUGUCCUAACAUCUGUAAGAGAAAUGUUUUCAGAAGGAAAAGAAGCUACUCCAUACCAUCCUCCAUCCUCAGAUAAAGUUGAUUCUCUUGUUAAAAUGAUAUCUAAUGAGCUUAGCGUUGCCCUUGUGGAUUCAACUUUGACAGAAGCUGUUGCAAAAAAUGUUGUCGCCAAAGCUAUCAAACUGUUUUGUCAGAAAGCAGAAGAAAUGAUAGUAACCACACCCGAAGCAUCCCAGGUUAUUGAGUCACCAAACAUAAGCCAGGAAUUGAAUAUUAGCAUAGCUAAUAGUGUUUUCUACUUUUCUGAACAAGUGAAAAACGUUCUGAAUAAUUUGAAUGUAAAGAAAAGUAUUGCUUCUUGCAUUACAAAUGCAUUACGAAAUGGUGAUAAGUUGACACAAGAAAUCCUCAAUCCACUCCUAGCUUCAGUCAUUGUUGCUAUUGAUUCCAUUCUGCUGACCAUGCAUAAUGAAGAUUACAACUUAAAAGAAUAUAGCGGUGCUUCAUCAUUAUAUAUGAGGGAACUGCAAGCGUUUGUUGCAAGAGCUGCAACAACAUAUUUGUCACCUUUCCAAAAUUUGAAUCUUGUUACGCAGUCGUGUCUUGAAGUUUCUUCUAGAACCUUGGAAUUAUUUAUGAGAAAUGCAACACUAGUUCGCCCAAUUAGUAUCCCUGGGCAAAAAAAAUUACUAUCUGACUUCAAAACUGUCGAAGAUGCGAUAAGCCCCUUAUGUACUCAGUUAAGUGAAUUGGGCAAGGUUUACAGAACCUUGAGAUCACUUAGAGCACUUGUGACAGCACCAGUUAGCGAAGUUGUUGCAUCACCAGUUCUUGGUCAGGUCAUCCCGUACAGCCUUAUAAUAACAUUUCUUAUAUCAAGAGGUCCACCUGAGCUUCCAUCUCCUCAUCAGAGUGUUGACUGGACUAUAGCUGCGUAUUCAGAAUGGCUCGACAAUCACCCUGAUGAAACUAGUCGACUCGAACUACUGAGUGGUGCCUUGCAGAAAUAUCGAAAAACCAUUUGUGACCAAGGGCUGUCAACAUUUGACGAUAUAUAUCCUGUGAUCAAGUCACUUCUUGAAAAUGCUACCCAGUUUCUCUCAUCUAAAGCAUAAAUAUGUUUUAACAACUUAUCCAUUAUAUUUAAAAUGUAAAUAUUUUAAUUAUGCAGUUUUAGCAAAUAAGAUAAAAUUAUUUUUUGCUUUUUCAUCAUUUGUCAUAUUGUUUUUUAUUGAUCUUUGAUAAAUAUGCGAUGAUUAAAGACACUCACUACAAUGUAUAUUGAUUAAAUAAAAGGAAAUGGUAGGAUCAUACAUAUAUCUCAGAA